AUGGAAAUUCAACCUCCUCCAGAAGCGCCAAAAGCCGGCCCAGCAUUUGAAAACAAAUUCAAAGUUCUUCAAGCACAGACUGUUAUUAAAGAAACUCUUGCCGAAACUCUCGGAAAACAGACAUAUCAACCAGAAUCUGCUUCUGAAACAUCAAGACAGUUAGCAGAAGACAUCAAAGCAAAGCUUAAACAAACAUUACCACCUCAUUAUAAACUUAUUGUUCAAGUUUUACUUGGCGAACAAAGAGGACAAGGAAUUGCAAUGGGAUUCCGCGGAUUUUGGGAUAAUGAUACAGAUAAUGUUGCUCGUGAAACAUUUUCAAAUGAUGCCAUAUUUGCUGUUGGAAUUGCUUAUGCUUUGUAUUCAUACUAA